AUGUUAAAAAAGGAAAAUAAAUAAAUAAAUUUAUUUGCUGCAAGUGGAAAGAGAGUAAUAUAAGAAUAAUAAGAGCAAGUAAAUAAAUUUAAUUCAAGCAGAUAUUAAUUCGAGAAGAAUAAUAAUUUAAGUUUUCAGAACAAAAAAGCAACAACAAUAAGAAUCAAGAAAGAGAAGAAUCAGUUCCUGUUUAUUUAUAAAGAAAUGAUAGACAAUAAAAAAUUACAGCAGCUGAGAGGAAGGAGAUUAUACGAAAUAUAGAUAAUGAAGCUAAUAAAAAUUCUGAUGGAGGAAUAUUUGCAAAAGUGUAUAAACAAAAGGAUGCUAAGGAGCAAUAAAAAUUGACAGAAAAAUAAGCAUUUAUAAAUGAAAUAUAAAUGUAAAUAGAUGAGAAAAAAAGAAAGAAAGAAGAGGAAAAGUAAAGAUAGAUUGAAGAAGAUUAAAAAUACGAGGAGAAGUUGAAAAAAGAAAGAGAAAAGAUGAAUUAAAAUUAAAAUAAAGAAGACGAUAAAAAAAUGGUGAUCAAGACAAUUAAAAAUAAACAUCUUAGAUAACAAUAAGAAGAAUCUAAAUUUUUAUUCAAUGAAUUUGAAGAUCAUUAGAUAAAUAUGACUAACAAUAAUAUAGUUCCUAAUUAUUUAAAGGAAGUUGAUGAUAAAUAUGAUUAAGAUCUUAAAUAAAAAAUUAAUCUUCAAACUCCAUAAACAAAAUUAUAAUCUUAAAGAACUUUAUAAGACUAAAAUUUAAUAAAUAUUACUUAUAAUCCUCCAAAUACAGCAGGAUUAAAUUAGAAUAGUACUUCAUUUAGAAAUAAUUCAUAACAUCGCUCUCUUUAGCAAUAAGGUUAUAAAGAAAUGUAAUAGUAAAAUUAAUUUUAAUAAGCUUCACAAUAUGAAGUUUAAUAAUAAUUUUCUAAUUAGUAUUAACCAAUUUAAUAUCGAUCUUAUAUGCCAGAAAUACUAGGACAAAUGUAAUUGGAGAUAUAGGAAUUAAAAGAGAUUAAUAAAUUUAAAAAUAGAGAAUAAGAAUAUGGGAUUGAUAAAUUGAAAGAAGAAAUGGAAAUGUAAUCUAAUAAAUGGAAUGAAGAAUUAGUAAAGUUAAGAGGAGAGGUUUAAAUGAGUAUGGAGAAGAAGAAUAGAGCAUUUUAUGAAUUAUACAAUUUGAAUGAGGAAUUAAAGAAAUAAUAAUUAUUUGAAGAGGCAAAUUUAAAAUUAGUGAAAUAAGAGCUGCAAAACAGGAAAACUGGUAGUUUUGGAGGAACAGAAAAAAAAUUGAUGAGUGAGAGUGAUAUUAGAAGAAGCACACACUAAAGUAGAUAACAAUCAAAUAUAGAAGAAAACAUUUUACUCGAAACUUUUAUUGAUUAAAUAUGA